AUGCAUGCUAACAUCGAAAGAUACGAUAACUUCCUCUCAAGCCUGUGUGCACCAUUGUCUAGCACAUGGACCGAAGCUCAGGAAUCGGCGAGUAUUUUUACAGCGUUACUCGAGCCCUACACGUACAUCACCACCAACCAGGGGAAAAAGAUCACAAGCAAGCUCCUCGAAGGCUUUAACCUCUGGCUUAAUGUCCCCAAAGACAAGCUUGCAGUCAUCAUUCAUGUUGUCAGUCUUUUCCAUAAUGCCAGUCUCUUGGUAGACGAUAUCGAAGACGACUCUCAGCUGAGACGUGGGAUUCCAGUUGCACACAAGAUAUACGGUGUCCCCCAUACCAUCAAUACUGCCAAUUAUGUCUACUUUCUAGCAUAUCGGGAAUUGUGUACCCUGAGGCCCAUAGUGCGGCGUCGCAUCCGUGAUUCGAGUGCAGGUCCAGACAAUGGGCUCAAGGAUGAUGAUCCUGUCGCCGAGAAGCCCAAUUUCCCUAAACGCCUCAUUUUCGAUCACGAUCUGGACCUUGUAGUGAAUGCUGAGCUCCUGUCACUUCACCAUGGGCAGGGCUUGGACAUCAUCUGGCGUGAUACCCUCCGUUGUCCCACAGAAGAUGAGUAUGUGCAGAUGGUGAAAGACAAAACGGGCGGCCAUCUGAGGACUGCUAUCAAACUCAUGAUGGCAUGUGGUACGACGAACACAAACGUUGACUACAUCCCUUUGUCCAAUCUCAUUGGCAUUUAUUACCAAAUACGCGACGACUACAUGAAUCUCCAGAGCGAUCAGUACACAGACAACAAGGGCUUUGCAGAAGAUUUAUCUGAAGGAAAAUUUUCCUUCCCUAUUGUUCAUGGCAUCCGCGAACAGCCUGAAAACCAACUGAUCAUGAAUAUCUUGCAAAAACGCCCCAAGACUCCUACCCUCAAGCAUCACGCGAUCGAAUAUCUCAAAAACACCACCAAGUCGUUUGAUUACACCCUGGCAGUGGUCAAAAAGUUGGAGCAACAAGCCAGGGGAGAACUUGAGAGACUUGGCGGAAACCCGAUGUUAUCUGCGCUUUUGGACCGGCUUCAUGUUGAUACGUGAAACAUUAUGUCCUUCUUUUGUACUGUAUUGUCAUGGCUCAAAAUGUCCUCGCGGAUGUCCAGGUCAUACGUGCCCCGUUACUGUCAGUGGUAGUAUCUACUAUGUAGAUUUGAAGGCUUGAUGACCUCGAAUAUUCGAUUGCGCCUCAGUUCUCACAU